AAAUCUAAUGCCAAAACACAACACAAAAACAGUCCAAACGUUACACUCAUUGAAGUCGUCAACCAUUUGUUGACAUAUUAUUUGUAUAUUUUAUCCAUACGUUUGGCCACCGAUUGAACCGAUCGUCUGAGUGGACACCAGUCAGCUGUAGUCGAGUGUAAAUCCGUUCUUCGAGAGUGUUUAGCAUCAGACAUGUCCGGUCGUAUCGGGUCCCGAGUGACCUGUCCGUCACAUCCUGACGCUAACCUAAUUGAAGAUUACAGAGCUGGCGAUCUGGUGUGUCCCGAGUGUGGUCUAGUGGUCGGCGACCGUGUGGUGGACGUUGGCUCCGAGUGGCGUACUUUUAGCAACGAAAAGUCCAACGCCGACCCGUCACGUGUGGGCGCCUCAGAGAAUCCGUUGCUAACAACCGAUUUGUCGACAAUGAUUGGCCGCAGCAGUAGUGAUGUUGCCUUUGACGAGUCGGGUCAGGCUAAGUACCAAAAUCGCCGACACAUGUCAUCGUCUGAUCGGGCGUUGGCCAACGCUUUUCGCGAGAUCUCAAACAUGUCCGACCGAAUCAAUUUGCCUAAGACUAUAGUGGACAGAGCAAACCUACUGUUCAAACAGGUUCACGACGGCCGCACACUGAAGGGCCGCAGCAACGAUGCCAUUGCGUCGGCCUGUCUUUACAUUGCCUGUCGACAGGAAGGCGUUCCCCGAACAUUCAAAGAGAUCUGUGCCGUCAGUAAAGUGUCCAAAAAAGAGAUCGGCCGCUGCUUUAAGCUAAUUCUUAAGGCAUUGGAAACAAGUGUCGAUCUCAUCACAACUGGUGACUUUAUGUCCAGAUUUUGUUCCAAUCUGGGACUGCCGUCGUCCGUACAAAGAGCGGCCACUUAUAUAGCCAAAAAAGCUGUCGAAUUGGACAUUGUUCCCGGCCGUAGUCCUCUGUCAGUAGCAGCAGCGGCCAUAUAUAUGGCCAGUCAGGCAUCGGAUGACAAGAAAUCGCAGAAAGAGAUCGGCGAAAUUGCCGGCGUAGCCGACGUAACCAUUCGCCAGUCGUAUAAACUAAUGAUACCGAAAGCGGCCGAUCUGUUUCCAUCUGACUUCAGGUUUGUCACACCUAUCGAUCAAUUGCCGCAAAUAUGAUCAACCAUUACAUACCAAACAAUAAAUUGUUUUUUUUUAAUUAUUAAUGUCUAUUACCGUCUAAACCUAACUGUCAUAAUAUUAAUAAUAAUAACAUUGU